UCUUGGCACUAAUCAACUGAAAUACUUACCUAUAUCUCUCUUUCUAUAUAUAUACUACUUUUUCAGUCAAAAACAAAUACAUAUAUGUAUACCACUUUCUAAAAUUCACUGCUUAUAUACGGAAAAAUAACUGGAAAAAAACUAAUCAAGGAAGGAGGUAAUAUAUGGCAUCAAAGCUGCCUCAGUUGCAAUCUAAGUUACAUUCUGCAGCCAAGCAUGGAUGUGCUUUCUACAAGCAGUUGUUGGAGGAAAACAAGCAAUAUAUCCAGAACCCACCCACUGUGGAGAGAUGCCAAUUACUAGCCAAUCAGCUACUUUUCACUCGUCUUGCCAGUAUUCCCAAUCGAUAUGAAGCAUUCUGGAAGGAACUUGAGGGUCUCAAGAACCUAAUGAAAAGCAAGCCAGAGAUGAAUAUAGAGAAGGCUGGUCUUGUUGCUCUGUUUGGAGUGGAGUGCUUUGCUUGGUUUUGGGGUGGUGAAAUAAUUGGGAGAGGCUUUACAUUUACUGGUUACUAUGUUUAAUUUCAACUGCUUCAAAUUCUCAUAUUUCUUUUUUUUUUUUUUUUUAUUUGAUUCACCUUUCUUGACUUCAUAUGCAGAAUUUUGUUUUUAUUGAAAUGAAAGCUGAUGGUGGGUCAGCAAACACCACUGUUAUGCUUUUCCUGUUCAA